UUUUAAAUUUAUCAGUUGUUGUCGUUAUAAUCAGACAAACCCCGUACUCAACAUUAAUAAACAUAUUUUUUUAGGAUAAUAGGUCAAAUAAAAUGUCAGGGUAUCAAGAUGACAUUGAUGAUAAAGAACAAGGAAAUAUUCAAUCAUCAGCUUCUGUGCUUUCAGAUAUAAGUAUAUUAAAUAUAGCUAAAGCAUUAACUGAAAAUGAUAUGAGAGUAUUUUUAUUAUUAAAUAUACCAUUAACAACAUGUAUUAAUAAUUAUGAAGAAAUGCGUACAUUUAAUCAACGUGAAGCAGCAUUUAGUCAAAAAACAUUAAUGUAUUGGAAAAAAUUACGUGAAACAGUUAAAGAUGAUAUAAAAAUAGCUGAAUUAGAAUAUGCUUUAAGACAAUCUGAUCAUAAAGAAUUAGCUGAUAUAUUGGUUGAAAGAAAUCGUAUGAAUUUAGAAAUUACACGAGAUUUAUUACAGAAAUAAACUGCUUCAAGAAGGUUUUCUUUUAAUGCUGAUAUAUAUAAAUUACAACUAUAUCGGUGUUUCCUUCCAUUUCAUAACACACAUUCCACCAACUUAUAUAUAUAUAUAUAUUGAUAUAAAAGGUAAUAUGUGUUGGUUUUGUUCUGUUUGAAGUUGAUGAUUUCAUUAUGGAAUAUUGAAAUAACUUGUAUGUUAUUUUAUAUAAUUGUAAACUGUUUGUACAAGGACUUUUGUAUGUUUUUAUAGUAUGUGAAUAAUAUAAGUAUUUCAAAAUACGAAUUUUCGAUAA